GCGGUGGUGGAGGGCAUGGACGGCAUCAAGCUGUCCCCGGGCCUGGCUCUGGGCCUGGCGGACUUCGAGCUGAUCCGGGUCAUCGGGCGGGGCAGCUACGCCAAGGUGCUGCUGGUCCGCCUCAAGAAGGACGAGCAGGUGUACGCCAUGAAGGUGGUGAAGAAGGAGCUGGUCCACGACGACGAGGACAUCGACUGGGUGCAGACGGAGAAGCACGUCUUCGAGCAGGCGUCCACCAACCCCUUCCUGGUGGGCCUGCACUCCUGCUUCCAGACCGAGAGCCGGUUGUUUUUGGUGAUUGAAUAUGUCAACGGCGGAGACUUGAUGUUCCACAUGCAGCGGCAACGGAAGCUCCCCGAGGAACACGCACGGUUCUAUGCAGCUGAAAUCUGCAUCGCUCUGAACUUCCUCCAUGAAAAGGGCAUCAUCUACCGAGACCUGAAGCUGGACAACGUCCUGCUGGACCACGAGGGACACAUCAAGAUCACGGACUACGGCAUGUGCAAGGAGGGGAUCAGACCGGGGGACACCACCAGUACGUUCUGCGGUACUCCUAACUACAUCGCUCCUGAGAUCCUGAGAGGAGAGGACUACGGCUUCAGCGUGGACUGGUGGGCGCUGGGCGUGCUCAUGUUCGAGAUGAUGGCCGGCCGGUCGCCGUUCGACAUCAUCACCGACAAUCCCGACAUGAACACCGAGGAGUACCUCUUCCAAGUGAUUCUUGAGCGGCCCAUUCGCAUCCCAAGGUCUCUGUCGGUGAAGGCCGCCAGCGUGCUCAAAGGCUUUCUGAACAAGGAUCCCAAGGAGCGGCUGGGGUGCCAGGUCCAAGCGGGUUACACAGACAUCAAGUCACACACUUUCUUCCGCAGCAUUGACUGGGAUCAGCUGGAGAAGAAGGAGGUGACUCCGCCCUUCAAGCCUCAGAUCUCCGACGAGUACGGCCUGGAAAACUUCGACACGCAGUUCACCAACGAGCCAGUGCAGCUAACGCCGGACGACGAGGAUGUCAUCAAGAGAAUAGACCAGUCGGAGUUCCAGGGCUUCGAGUACAUCAACCCGCUGCUGCUGUCCACGGAGGAGAGCGUAUGAGGGACGGCCCGUCCACCGCCGUCCGUCCAGGCUGCCGUCUCGGCCGGCGGCGAGGAGGCGGCGG